AUCCUUCGAGUGAAAAGUAUAUAUAUAAACAGAUAGUAAAUGUACGCGACGACGACGUCGUCUUGGUCAUCGCUGUCGAUGAGGAAGCUGUGCCCCAACUUCGACCGGGAGGACGGGCUCGACACCGUCCUGGAGGUGCCUAUCCCAGAGGAGAUGUUCACCAGCAUGGGUAGCAACGCCGUGCUGAGGUGGCAGAACCUCCGCUCUCUGAUGAAGGCCCAGUCCUCGUCCUCCUCCGCCGUCAAUUAUUACAACAAGUCCUCCUCCUCCUCCUCCUCUGGUUCGUACGCUUCGUCUUCUUCGUCGUCAGAAUCACCACCGCAGCAGCAUCUGUCGUCCGGGUCGAGGAACGAGUUCAUGGCCCUGCUCAAGCUCGUCGGGUCACCUCUCAUUCCUUUCCAGGUCCAGUCGGAUCAGGCUCUGACCCGACCCCUCAAGGGUUGCUCCAUUGAAGCCUCGACUGCGCAGUACAUAGUUCAGCAAUACGUGGCGGCCACAGGAGGGCAAGGGGCGCUGAAUGCUGUGCACAGCAUGUACGCGGUGGGGCAGGUGAAGAUGGCAGCGUCUGAGAUGCGGCAGGGCGAUGGCAGCGUACACGCCACUGGGAGCAGCGAGGUUGGCGGGUUCGUGCUUUGGCAGAAGAACCCCGAUCUCUGGUACCUCGAGCUGGUGGUCUCGGGACUCAAGGUGAGCGCGGGGAGCGAUGGCAAAGUCGCUUGGAACCAGUCUUCCUCUCAGCCUUGCCAUGCCAAUCGUGGUCCUCCGAGACCCCUUCGCCGCUUCUUUCAGGGCUUGGACCCAAGAUCGACGGCCAACCUAUUCCUGGAUGCGUUAUGCAUCGGAGAGAAGACAAUCAAUGGCCAAGACUGCUUUGUGCUAAAGAUUGAGGCAAACCAAAAUAUUCUCAGAGCGCAGAGCUCACCAAACACCGAGCUUUCCCACCACAAGGUGUGGGGCUACUUCAGCCAGAGGACAGGACUCUUGGUCCACUUCGAGGACACGAAGUUAGUGAGGAUGAAGUCGAUAAGAGGGAACGACAGUGUUUUUUGGGAGACCACCAUGGAGUCGACGAUCGAGGAUUACAGAUACAUCGAUGGGAUCAACAUUGCUCAUGGCGGGAAGACUUCGGUGACCAUGUUUAGGUACGGAGCUGCGCAGAAUCACAAGCGGAAGAUCGAGGAGACUUGGAGGAUCGAGGAGGUGGACUUCAACAUAUGUGGGUUGUCCAUGGAUUGCUUUCUGCCACCUGCAGAUUUGAAGAGGGAACAAGAAGGUGGAGAUCACGGAAUGUCAUGAGUCAGCUACUACUUAUUGAAUAGCAAAUACGUCGACAAAGAACAAAAGAAAGGCAGUGUAAAUACAGGAAAGAGAAUAUGAAUCAACAGAAUCAGCGAAGCUUUGUUUUUUCCGGUGCAUGUCGAAUAUCCAUGAAACAAGUCGAGGCUAGUCGCUGUGCUAAUGUGAUAGUCUGCAGCUGGACAUUAGGGUUUACUGUAGUUAUUGACAAAUCGGAAACUUCAAGAAAAUUCUUGCG